CUCAUUCUCCGCUGUACGUCUGGAGGCGGUAGUUGUGAGUGCUCUGAAUGGUGCCAUACGGAAGAAAACGGAACAGUAAAACUAGGACGAAAUAAAAACUAAUGGGAACAUUGACAGAAACACCCUAGCCUCUCACUGAAGACAAUGGGCACUGUUAGCAUUCUUUAUUUGUUGAAAACGGAAAUUCUCGCCAUAUUUUUGAGGUGGCGUGUGUGCUGUAUGGCGAGCUCAACAUGGCGCUGCAAUGCAUAACCAGACUGAAUUAGUUUAUUGUUUAUUGAGACUUACGACCGUUGUUGCCACCUGUGCUCCUUGAAACAUUCACGACAACGAUUCACUUGGUGUAUUUUUACUAAUGGAUAUAUUUACUGGGAGCACUGCGACUCCGUGGAUCUGUUCGUUCAUUGUCGCCGACUCGUCAUUCCCGGAUUUUUACCAACUGGAAAUGUAUAAAGACUAAGGAUGUUUUCGUAGUCUAAUCUUACCUACAUGUCAUUUAACAAGCACAACAUUGUCACCCCUAUUUGCUGUAAAGUUAAAUUACAAAAGUGAUAUUAACCCCCGACGGACGAACACUCGUUGGGUCGUUUUGACUGACUCGUGGAGCCUAGAGAACACGGCCAAAAAAGUUCCAACUCGACAUUUUGCGUUUUGGCCAAGGACAAUAUAAUUUAGAGAAAUUAUUCUGGAAUUUCUAUCAGGAUUGUACCAGUGAGGGAUGGUGGGAGGCAGACUACCCAUGUGGAUUUAACCAUCCAGGAACCACCACAUCACACAAAGCAUGGUGGAUGCGAGUGCUGCUUGCAGAAUGAACCCGCUAGCUGCCCUGGGCAUGGACCGUAGCAGCCUGAUGAGGGAGAGCCUCCGCGUCCACGGAGGGAUGGUCUACCCGGGCAUCCGCACCUUGUCCGCCUCCGAAAAAGCCAGGGAGGGGGUCUCCUCCUUGCCCCUGGGCUACGACCUAGUCUACAAACCCGAAGGGUUGACCUUGGAUGGCAGGAAGCCUGGUAACGGUUACGUGGGUCUGUAUAAGAGCUCUCCCCCUGGGUUGCAGAGGCCUGGUGGAGGAGGGGAGGGCUUGGGAAUGGAGCGGCGUGUGGGGCCUGGAGAUAAACCCUCUGAGCUGGGCCUCAACGGCAACAACGGCUUCCUGCGACUUCCCUGGGCAGUAAACCCAUACGCGGACCCCGGACUGUACCCCUUCCUGGACUCCUCCAAAUACGCAGCCCUCAACAUGUACAAGGCCUCGUUCCUGUCCCAGCCCACACCCUACCUGCCCCAGCACCUGGCCUAUCAGUCCCUGUGUGGAGGGUCGGGGGGUAGCGCUGCUGGGGCAGAGCGCCUCUUCUACAUGCCCCCGUACCCCCCGGCCCCCAUCUCCUCCCCCCUAGCCCCUCCUAUGAGGAUCCCCAUGGCCACGGUGGUCCCCAACACCCUCUCACCGAUGCAGGGCCUGGGGCCCCGGAUUCACCAUGAGGCCUCCCCCUAUGGGUCCCAGCUUCACCAGCAGCACCAGGCCCACCAGCAGUCCCAACCCCAUCACCAGUCACAUAGUGACAGGCAGCCCCAGUCCCAACCCCAUCACCAGUCACAUAGUGACAGGCAGCCCCAGUCCCAACCCCAUCACCAGUCACAUAGUGACAGGCAGCCCCAGUCUCAACCCCAUCACCAGUCACAUAGUGACAGGCAGCCCCAGUCCCAACCCCAUCACCAGUCACAUAGUGACAGGCAGCCCCAGUCCCAACCCCAUCACCAGUCACAUAGUGACAGGCAGCCCCAGUCCCAUCACCAGUCACAUAGUGACAGGCAGCCCCAGUCCCAACCCCAGUCCCAUAGUGACAGGCAGUCCCAGUCCCAACCCCAUCACCAAUCACACAGUAGAGGCAGGCAGCCCCAGUCCCAUAGUGACAGGCAGCACAACAACAGCAGCAGUAGUAAGCUCAGCCGGACUUCCUCUAGUAAGAGCUCUGGCAGCAGCAGCAUUCACAACAGUAGCAGUAUUACCAGUAGUAGUGCUGGGACUGGCAUUAGCAGCAGCAUACCAGUGGACUCCACCCAAGCACUUAUAAUGCAGUCCCCCCGCACAGCCCCCCACCCUCCCCAGACCUUAGUCCCUCCCCCCUCUGCUCUCAUAGACAACAGCACUUUGGACAUCCAGAAGUCACUGUUCAGAAGCCCCCCCUGCUCCUCCACCACCACCACCUCUUCCUCCCCGUCGGUGUCCCAUCCUUUCUACAUGAGCAGCAUGGCCUCUGAGCAGCGCUCCCCGGUGCGGUCCGGCAGCAACACCCACAAAGCCAAAGAGCAGGGCAGCAGCUCAGAGCACAGGAAUGUGGAGAUGAAUGGGGAAAGGAAGUGGAGCCAGUCCCCUUUAAAGACUUUGUCCUCUGAUAGACCAGCAGUACUACAGGCUUCUGCCAAAGACCCUGCGGACAAGCCUCUGGAUCUGUCAGCCAAAAUCCUGGAGUUGGAAGGCUCCCUCAACGGAUUCCCCCCAAAACUAGAGGCCUUGGCUAAGCUGGGCUACUCGCCCGCGGCUCGAUACGGCUUACCCCCCAGCCGGGAGCUCCUCAAAGAGACCCUCUCCCCGUCAGGGGCUUCCUCCAAAACCUCUGAGAGGCCUGAGAUCAUUAGCACUUUACGCUCCUCCUGGGUGGUGCCCAGCCCGACCCCGGUCCACGACAGCUCCAGCUCAGACGCCAACCACAACAAAGACCCCUCCGUCAUCAAACAUAAAAACUUGGAGAACUUGUCUUCACAGCAGCAGCGAAGCUCUUCCUGUCCCAGGAUAGGUGAGGUUGAUGGGGCUGUCGCCCCCAACCAUGCCCCAGCUGUGGUAGCCCCUUCUGGGAGCCGACCGUCCUCUGCCUCCGCCUCUCCCAAGGUCAACGGUGAUUGGCCAAGAUCCUCCCCCAACUACUCUGAGACAGCCCCUUCUUCCAACAGAGUGGGCAGCCAUCCCUCUUCUGGGAAGCCAUUGAAACCCCUCAAGAAACCAGAGGCUCAGGAGAUGCCCUUCAAACCCCAGCAGCCGCCCCACUUAGACAACAGCCAUCCCUCCGACAACAGCCAUCCGUCCGGCCACCCCCCUAGCCAGCUCUACCUUCCCCAGAGUGACGGCUAUCUGCCCCCUAGCCUAGCCUACGCUAACAGAUACCUGCCCUACUCGGUCCAGGAGAGCAUGUCCCUGCCCCACAUGCCCAUGCCAGGCAAAGGCCCAGUGUACCCCCACCCUGUUCUGCUAGGCAGCAGUAGCCUGUACCCACCCCGCCUGCCCCCCAAGCAUGGCCUCCCGUACGGCAUUCCCCCCAGCCACGGAGACUACCUGACCUUCCAUGACUCCCAGGAGAUGGUCCACCACCUCAUGUCCUCCCCCCACACAAGCCUGGAUCUCAAGACCAGCGAGCGCCUGCAGGAGCCCCGGUCCAGGCCCAAGGAGAAGAUUUGGCAGCACCACGAGGACUCUGCCCCGGCCGACAAGACCCAGGCCCCAGAUACUAAACACACCCGCAGGGGGGACAGCGAGACCGACAGGUCCACAGGCCUGGGCUCAAAGAGCCUCAACCACAAGCCCAUGACGGGAGCUAGAGAGGAGAUAGUCUGUAUCGACUUAAUCCAAGACGAUGGGGACAGCGACUCACCCCUGACCAAAGCUGUCUCUCCAUGCGCUAAGAGAGGAGACCCUUCCAAACCUGUGGGUAGUGGGAGUAUCGGGAGAAACGAGGGGAGAGAGGCAGAGCUCCAGCACAUGCUCCGUACCGGCCAGGCUGUUGAACUCAGGCCAGGCCAGGCCCACAGACAGGCAGACCAGCAGCAACGCAGCCAGCUGUGGCUGGGCUUCCACCCUUCCUCCCUCCGUCCUGAGCCCCCCUCCCUCUCCCCCAGCCCUUUCCCCAGACAUGAGGAGGACAGCCCCAGCCCUGCAGAAAGCAGCCCCAUCUCUGACCUGCCAGAGGAGCAGACCCUUCGCUGUGCAAGGACUUCUGGAGACCGCACCUCUUUGAACUGUAGAGACCAAUCUUUAGAGGGUCUUAAGAGCAGGGACUGUACUUUUGAGGACCCCACCUCUGUGGACCGUAGUUCUGGGGACCGCAGUUUCUGGGACCAUACGCAUGAGGACUGUACUUUUAAGGACCGCAGCUCUUGGGACCGUACACGUGUGGAUCUUACAUGUAGGGUCCGCUCUUGCGAGGACCGCACCUCCGCAGACCACUCUCCUGGGGAAUGCACCUUGAACGAAUCUGGGUUUAGGAAUGAAAGAACCAUGGACCACUACUCGGACCUGGACAAGGACAUGCACACGGACACAGAGUCCCACGAGGGUGAGGAGUACGAUGACCAAGGCUGCCCCAGGGCUAGGAGGUCCAGCCUGGCCAAGCGCAUCGCUAACUCCUCUGGCUACGUUGGUGACCGCAUCAAGUGUGUCACCACCGAGCUGUACGCUGACUCCAGCAAGCUGAGCAGAGAGCAGCGGGCACUGCAGAUGGAAGGCUUAACACAAGAGGACAGUAAAUUAAGUCAACCUGCUGCUUACUGUGAGCGUGCUAUGCUGCGCUUCUCUGAGCUGGAACUGAAGGAGAAGGAGGGAGGAGGGGCGGCGGUGUACUUGGCAGACAGCCAGCGCGAGCGGAGAGAGGGAGAUGGAGGAGAGGACAGGGCGCGCUGCCAAGGCCCAGCCAGAACGGGGCCAGGGGCCUCAGCCCUCACAGACGAGGCUGAGAAGGACGGUGUGCAGCUGACGUGCCCCAACAACAGAGUGCCUGUUCUCCAGCGAUGCCCACACACCGAGGGCCUCCCACCCAGAGAGAGGGAGCAGGCUGGCCCCGACCUGGAGGAGAGGAAGAGGGGGAUGAUGCUGGAGAAAGAGGAGAGGGUGUGUGUGCUCCCACGGGAGCGGUCUGCCAGCCUGCCCAUGGCCCCAGUGGAAAGGCUGGCCCAGAAGGAUGCCAACCCUGGCAUCAUGCCCACCAUGCCAGCCUCCAUGCCCACCGCGGUACCUGGCAGGAAACACGCAUAUGCCCUGGAACCGUGCCAGCCACUCCAGGCCGACAGCCAGGGGAAAGAGAGGGAGGAAAAUGAGAGAGAAGAGGAGAAGGAGGAGACGUUGGAUGUUCCAUCCAAAAGAGCCAGGCUAACCAACGGUCCCACUGAGCCCGUCCCAGAGGAACUAAAGAACCUCAAGGUGUGUAUCGAGCUGACCGGCCUCCGACUCAGCAAGCCCCGCCUCGCCCAGGAGCUCAGCCAAUGGCAGGCCGCCACCCAGAGGUCGACAGAGGUCAACGGAAGCAUGGCCAUGACAACGACCCUGUCCAACGGGUGCCCCGAGGUUGGCGUCACAGACAGGAAGGUUGCCUCACAGGAAGACCAGAGCCUGAAACGCAGGUCAGAGGUCAAUGGCCACGCCUGGUGCCAUGAAACGUUUGGUCACGGCGACAUCGAGCGAGUGGUGCUGCCGUCUGUUCCUCUGACCCCAGCGCAUCGGGACCGCCUCUACCGGACCCCGUCCACCACCCCUGUCAGAAAACUACCCCUGCAGACCACCACCCCUGCCCUCACCCCCUUUCACUCCCUGGCCCCUGCACAUCCCCACAUCACCCUCACCCCCAGCCCUCCACGGCUGUCAGACAAGAGACAGAGGCUAAAAGAAAGCCGCAGGACCAGCGCUUUGGGACUGGGACCCCCCGGCCCUCACCCCGACCAUGACCCCAAUCCAACGGGGGACCUGGUGGCCCCCAGACUCCGUUGGCAUGGCGACCAGGACAAGCCCAAGGGCAAGCGGCAGUGCAAGACUAAACACACCAGCCAGAGGGAGAGAGAGAGACUGGGGAAUGAAGAACUGAGGGAAGAGAGGGAGAGAGAGAAGCUGGUGAAUGAAGAACUGAGGGAAGAGAGGGAGAAUAAGCAGGUCAAGGAAAAGCGCUGCAGCGAGAAGCGGAGGAGGUCUUCAUCCCUGUCGGAUUACUCCCACUCCUCCCCCGCCCCCCCUCUCACCCCGCCCCCCCAGCUCAGCCCUCUGCCCAGCCCUACAGAGACCCAGGACCGCACGCCAACCCCCUCCAACCCCCCGCUGCCCACCUCUACCCCUGCCAGCCGACCCAUGCCUCCUGAGGCCCGCAGGCUCAUCGUCAACAAGAACGCAGGAGAGACCCUGCUCCAGAGGGCUUCCCGCCUAGGAUACGAGGAUGUAGUGCUGUACUGCCUGGAGAACAGGGUGUGUGACGUCAAUCACCGUGACAACGCGGGCUACUGUGCGCUGCACGAGGCAUGUGCACGUGGCUGGCUUGCUAUCACUCAGCACCUGCUGGAGCACGGUGCCGACGUCAACUGUAGCGCCCAGGAAGGCACCAGGCCCCUCCAUGACGCGGUGGAGAAUGACCAUCUGGAAGUGGUCCGUCUGCUGCUGUCCUACGGAGCUGACCCAACCCUGGCUACGUACUCUGGCCGCAGCCUCCUCCGCAUGACACACUCCCACGGCAUGGAGGGAUUCCUCUCUGAGUAUUUUUCCGACCUGAAGGGGCGUGACGACACUGACGAAGGCAUCUACUGGGAGUUUUACGGCAGCGCCGUGUGUGAGUCAGGUGAGGACCCAGCAGCCUAUGACAUCCUGGCUAACCCCCCAGGCCCAGGAGAGGAGGAGGACACGAGGCAGGGCUUUGAGUUUGAGUUCUCUGACCGACCUCUCCUGCCCUGCUACAACAUUCAGCUCUCCCUCUCACAGGGUCCCAGAAACUGGCUGCUCCUAUCAGACGUCCUGAAGAGACUCAGAAUGUCCUCCAGGGCGUUCAGGGCAGCCUUCGCCCAUCUGGAGGUAGCAACCAUUGCCGAGGCAGAGUUCUACAAGCAGGCGUCACUGUCGCCGCUCUUCUCGUGCCCCGACGAGCUCGCCGCCUUCCUCCCCGACAGCAAGGAGCUGCUGGACCUGGUUGAGACCAGCUCGGAGCUGGCUGCGCUGCUGGGCUCCUCGCUAGAGUGUUUGGACAGCCGAUGGGAGCCCAAAGGGGCCCGGGUCAAAGCUAAAGCCCGCUCGUGACCCUGAGAUACACACACAGAGGGUGACUCUCAAUAAGAUCUACUUUCUCCUGAAGUGGACACUCCUUCACUAGUUCCCACCAGUCUGGUGCAGUUAUUUGUCUAGUGGUAGUUUCCCACCAUGUUUCUUAUACCAGUCCUUUCCUUUCAAAUCGGUGCAGGGAAGUGAACACUUUGGGAGGAAGGAGAGAGUAUUGGGACGUAGCCAACACACACACAUGCUCCAUGUGUACGUUCCCAUGCCCUGUGAGGACUGGACGUUGAAUACUGGACAGUAUCCCUUCAAAGAGGAAACAGACCCCAGCGCCACACAAACUGCAUUUUUUAAAUAAAUAUAUUAUAUAUGUAUACAUUAACUGCCGAUUUGAUUUGUUUUAUAUAUAUAUAUGUAUGUAUGUAUGUAUGUAUGUAUGUAUGUAUGUAUGUAUGUAUGUAUGUAUGUAUGUAUGUAUAUCCAUACUGUAUAUAUGCUGCUUUGGUUGUCAUGUUGUGGUCAGGUUGUGGGUUUUGACGCUGUUUGGGUUGACUAGGCUAGUGAACAGGUCAGGAGCAAUGUGAGUUGAAUGUGGACCUCAGAGGGAGGUAAAGGUUAUUGUUUUACUUUGGAUCAUGGCAGUGCACUUGAUUUGAGCUUUACCGACCCAUUGGACUUUGACAGAUAUAUAUAUAUAUAUAGAGGUGAACUGUGACAAAAACAUUUUAGCACUCAUGGCUCAUCCCAAAGAUUUGGGGAUUUUAUUUUCAACAUUGCCUAAAAACCUAGCUUUAUUUGUAUCUUAUUUAUGACAAUGAGGAAUUAAGAUAUUUGAUGUGGGUUUUUUGUAAAAAUAUAAAUGUAAGAUACUACAAGACAUUUCAAUUGAAGAGUGAGAUUCAUGCUUGAACUUGUAAAUAAGAUGACCAUUUCAGUAACUGUUUUUCUGACUGGGGUGUUUGAUUUGUUUGUUUGUUUUGGCAAUGUAAGUGUUUAAACUUUGUAAUUAAAUACACUAUUAUUUGUAUUUAUAUUUUACAAAAAAAAAUAAUUUAAAUAAAUCGCAAUACAAGUUAA